AUCAGUUGUAUGGUGUAUCACUUGUCAAACCUCAAUUCAAAAUUCUUGUUUUGGCUUUGAGGUUAAAAUUUAUUAUAAAACUGUGUAUAUAUUUGAAUAAGAGCGAAAUAAUUGUGGAUGUAAAAUUUAUAAUAUGUCUUCUAAUUUCCUUAACGCUCUGAAACCCGCAUCUCCCAUAUUAGAAUUCGUAAGACAUGCUAGUAAGAAAACAGGAGGUAGUACAAAGAACGUAAGUUGUAAAGUACGACCAAAACACAGAGGUUGGAAGGUGCAAGAUGGACAUUCAGUUCAAGCUGGGCAUAUUCUAGCAACCCAAAGAUUCGCUAGAUUUCAUCCAGGGCUUAAUGUUGGUAUGGGACGUAAUGGUACCCUUUUUGCGAUGGAAGCAGGCAAGGUUGUUGUAACUUGUGAGAAAUUUGAUCCUAACUGGGACCACACUUGGGUACAGAGAAUUUAUGGAGGACGAGCCGAUCAGACAAUCUUCAAGAAGUAUUUUAAUGUAAUACCAGAACCACAGCACAACAGAUUCAAGUUAAUAGAUGAAGUCUAGAUGUGUAAAUUGAUAAUUGUAAUUCAUAGGAAAUAUAGGAAAUAUUCUAUUAGGUAAAUUU